AUCUUACGAAAAGAAAGGUCCUACCUUAAAAAUGCAGUGUCCUAUAUGAUAUAUAUCUUGGUUGCUGGUGUCCCACAGCUCCACCAAUCCUAGUAAAAUGGACCCAUCACCACCAAAACCAGCUCAAUCUCAUUCUCCCUCACAUUUCUAGCCUCUUUAUUCUCCCCUUCUCCUUCAUUCAUUCCUUCAUUCCUUCUCAACCCCAUUUUCAUCAACCACCCAUUCUUCAAACCCCAAAAAAUAACACACAUUGUAUCAACACACACAUUGCUAUUUUUUCACAAUCUUCUUUAUAUCAUUAUCUUCGACAUCAUCAUCAUCAUCAUCGACACAUCACAUUACACAAUUGAUGGGGAGGAUGAUGCAAUGGAACAAAACCAACAACUCCAACAACAUGUUUAAGGUUUCGAUUCUCCUCACUUUCACCCUCCUUCUCUUUUCUCUCCCUGCGCCGGUGCACGGCGCCACCCUCGCGCUCGUGCACCGGAACCAUGACCGCUUCACCGGCGGCAAGAUGGAUCGGUUAGAGGCCGUCAAGGGCUUCGUGCAGAGGGACAACCAUCGACGCCUGCAGAUCAACCAAAGGCUCGGCUACGACGACGACCACGACACGCGGAGGAGGGCCGCGGAAACCGACGAAGCGGAAAUGCCGCUGCUCACCGGCCGCGACCUCGGCAUCGGAGAGUACUUCGUCGAGGUUAAGGUCGGCACGCCCGGGCAGAAACUCUGGCUCGCCGCCGACACCGGCAGCGAGUUCACGUGGUUCAACUGCUUGUCGCUGAAGAAGACUGAUAUCCCACACCAGAGGCCCAAGAAGAAGCACCCGCAUCACGCCAGGAGCCACCACCACAAAACGACAAAGAACCACACCAAAGCGAAGAAGAAGGCCAAGAAUCACAAGAACGAUCCCUGCACUGGUGUCUACUGUCCCGACAAGUCUCGCACAUUUCACUCUGUCACAUGUGCUUCCAGAAAGUGCAAGGUUGACCUCAGCGACCUUUUCUCCUUGACCUAUUGCCCCAAUCCCUCUGAUCCUUGCCUAUACGAUAUCGGGUAUGCUGAUGGAUCAUCUGCAAAGGGGUUCUUUGGCACUGACACAAUCAUACUAAACGGUGCAAAUGGGAAGCAAGAAAAACUGAAUAAUCUGACAGUUGGGUGCACAAAAGAAAUGCUAGAUGGGAUAAACUUCAACGAGGAAACUGGAGGAAUAUUGGGGCUGGGGUUUGUGAAGGACUCAUUCAUUGAUAAAGCCUGUAGCAAAUAUGGUUCCAUAUUCUCCUACUGUCUGGUUGACCAUUUGAGCCACAGAGACGUCCCUAGCUAUCUAACUUUUGGAGGCCAUCACAGAGCGAAAUUGCAGGCUGAAAUGAAGAAAACCGAACUCAUUCUGUUUCCUCCAUUCUAUGGUGUGAAUGUGGUUGGAAUGUCAGUUGGGAACCAAAUGCUGAAUAUCACACCUGAGGUUUGGAAUUUCAAUACUCAAGGAGGCACCAUAGUUGACUCAGGCACAACCCUGACUGCACUACUCACCCCAGCCUAUGAGGCAGUUUCUGAGGCUCUGACCAAGCCCCUAAGUUCAGUGAAGAAGAUCCCUGCAGAAGAUUUUGGAGCUUUGGACUUUUGCUUUGAAGGUGAUGGUUUUGAUGAAAAAAUAGUGCCAAGAUUAGCAUUCCACUUUGCAGGGGGAGUAAAGUUUGAGCCACCAGUGAAGAGCUACAUCAUCGAUGUGGCACCCCAAGUGAAGUGCUUGGGAAUUGUGCCAAUAAUGGGUGCAGCUGGUGUAAAUGUCAUUGGCAAUAUCAUGCAGCAAGAUCAUCUCUGGCAAUAUGACUUUGCAAAACGCACAGUGGGUUUUGCUCCUUCUCUCUGCUCCUAGUUCUAUUGCUUUCCUACAAAACAUAUAUAUAUAUAUAUUAUAUAUAUGCUACCACUAAUCCCUUCCAUCUGCACCUAUCUCUGCCUUUGUCAAUGUGAUUAUUCUUCAUCUCUUUCUCCAUUGGCUCUUCCCAACAGAAGCAACUCUCACAUUAGGUGUUUGUCUUGUUCCAAUUGGAUUUUCAUUCUUUCCAUUUCCUAUUUUUUCACCUUUGUAAAAAAAUAUUACGUGUAAAGAUGUAUCAUACAUCUAAUUCAACUCCUUAUCAUUAAUCAUACGUGGCUGGGCCUCAGAUUUUCCAUUUAGAUACAAUUUCCUUCCAUCACUGCAAUAAUCAUAAUAUUAUUUGUACCUA